AUGGCAAACACGCGACUCUGCUUGGAAUCUACCCGGCUACUUGUUGACAGGGCGAAAACAUACGGCACCCACCAGAGCUAUCUGAGCUGCCUCGAAGAGAUGGUGUUUCUGGUUCCUCCCAAUCUUCCCUAUUACCAUGCCGCAUGCCUUAGUGUUGUCACAAUGACAGCCGCAGAUAUCCUCUACAAUCUAUUCAAACCACCACUACCGAGCGCUUCACCAGAGACGCGUCCAAAGCCCAUGCUAAUCCGGGGUGCUUCUUCCAGUGUUGGAAUUUGCACGGUCCAAGUAGCAUGCACUAGUGGUGUUCAACCCAUCUUUGUGACUGCAUCGCCCGGAAGACACCAUCUCUUAUAUGAGCUUGGGGCCACUCGUUGCUUUAAUUUUAAGUCCAAAACUGUCAUUCUGGAAAUCAAGGAUGCACUCGCCAGCUUCCAGGGUGAGGCAAUGGCUUAUGCCUUAGAUGCCGUAGGCAGCCAUGGGACCCUGGAUUCUGGAUUCUGGAAAACUUGUCGCGGACUGCUCUUCUGA